GAGGAAGAAGAAGAAGACGAAGACGACGACGAAGAAGAAGAAGAAGAGCAAAAGGAGAGACUUUUGGUUCGCUCAGCGGCGUCGCGGGCCAAUGGCGUACCGGAGGAGGCACAGCGCGACGAAGUCGACCACCUUCGAGGACUGCCGGUCGUUCUUGGAGGAGCCGCCGUCGCCGCUCCCGGCCCAGCCCGCCCGGGCUUCCUCUGCCUAUAGCCGCUCCGCCUCCUUCACAUCUUCCUCCGUCUCAGCCUACCGGGAUUCCGAUCGACGGAGGCGUACCCAGUUCCAAUCACCUUUAAUAUCUGAAAACCACCAGAGCACAAAAGUCUUAACAUCUUGGGGAGGAUCUGAUAAAAUAGCUUCUUCUCUGAGGGAGAUUGGUGGCACAAGCAAAAGUGAAUUUGAGGAAGAACAUAUGACAGCCGACAUGAUCCAAGAAACAGGGAAGCUGCAAAUUAGAAGAAAACCUGGAGUUUCUGAUACCACAUUUCAAUUUGCAGAACCAUCUACCCCAACCAAUCUGAAUCAUAACCAAGUCGGCUCCGAGGUCCAAGCGAAGGUUUCUGGCGAUGUUGCAAAUGUAAUGGCUGCUAAGGCAAAGCUUCUUCUGAGGGAACUAAAGAUCGUUAAAGCUGACUUGGCUACUGCGAAGGAGAGAUGUGCUAAGCUUGAAGAGGAGAACAAGACAUUGCGGGAGAAUCGCCAGAAAGGAGAAACGCCGGCAGAUGAUGACCUGAUACGCCUCCAGUUGGAGACAUUACUGGCUGAAAAGGCCAGGCUGGCGCAUGAAAACUCCAUCUACGCAAGGGAGAACCGAUUCCUCAGGGAGACAGUGGAGUACCAUCAGUUCACCAUGCAGGAGGACAUCGUCUACUUGGAUGACCAAGGCAUUGAAGAGGAGGCCGAAGCGUACCCCAUCCACCAAAUGCAACCAUUUUACGCACCAUUGCAAUCGGUACCCGAAGGGUCCUCCCCUGUCCUCCCUUCGAGUCCUUCACCCAGCAUGCACUCAUCAUCAUCCGAACUUAAUACCACUGCAGAAACUAUGCCUACCGCUGAAGGCUCGAUGAUGAUGAUGCAGCAGCAGCAGCAGCAGCAGCAUCCUUACCCAUUUUGAGAUGCGACUGGCACUGUUCCUUCCUUCAAUUUUUGUUUUCGUUUUUCUUUUUGGGGGGUGUUUGUUUGUGGUCAGGGGUUUUAUUUAUUCUUUUUUGUCAUUACACAUUUACACACCCACAACUAUAAUGUAUACCUCUGUCUCUGCUCACCGCCGCUGCUGUGUGGUUCUGGACAUUUUCUUUUUGGUUAUAAGAUACAUCCUCAGAUUUCAAACUGUGUGUGCAUUCUA